AUGCAGCCUAUCCGACUGACCAGAUUUCUUUCCAGUCCCAGCUCUGGUCAUUUCUGGAACUCUACGCCACGUUUCAGCUAUUUGGGAGUGCCAUCGGAUCGUCUAAGCGAACGAGUUCGAUUCACUGGGCAAGAACAACUCCAAUGGAAUCACGGCCGGCCAUCGCUACCGGCCGACCAAGACCAAAGAUCAGCUGCAAUUGAUGGAGAAGCCUGCCAUUGGCCGAGUAGUAUACCUUUGUUAGUUGCACUCGUCGUCGUCGUCUCCGAUUUCCUGGUCCUUCUAGCCUUGGUCUUCCAUUUGUUUGAAUCAUCUUCGGCUUCGUUGUUGCCAUCCUCUUUCGUCUCGUCGUUUCCACCUAGCAUCGAUCCACUAUUUUUAACGCUCUCACCUUGCAAAGAAGUGGUUCACUCCCUGUCUCCAGCUCCCGAUGAACGUGAAUCGUGCAGUGGAGAGCCACUUUUGUUGCCGGCAUGGACGUCCGAUGGAACACUCUUCUCCAUUUGGAUAUUUGACAGCGUACUGCUCUGUUGUGCCGUUCUUAGCCGACUGAUUCGGACAUCGUCCAUCUGGUUGCGCCGAUCUAAAUUCCGCGACCGUUCGUUUUGCUUGAAUUCAAAAUUGAAUUGCUUUUCUCAACGUGUGAGUGACGAUGGGAAUAAAUUCAAUAGCCGUUGUGACCACGUUAGCGGCCGAGAUCGUGUCUGGGCAAACACUCUUCGUCCCUUUCGUUCAGAUUGCGACCAUGUCCGACGGAUCAGGAAGUGUGAGGUGACACUACGUGACUGGUGGCAUUGGCUGUGGCCAUCCAACCACACCCACGAUGUCCGUCUGUCUGAUGUCUUCACCCAAUCGCUCUCACGUCACCGACGAGGUGGCCUUCAGUGGACUUGUGUCAUUUCUCAGUGGCGACCAAACUGUACCCAUUUGGAUAAUAACGUCGGCAACGACCAAUUGGUGAAACGUCGGUCCGACUUCCGUCUUCCGACAUCUGCACUGCCUAUGCUGGUGGCGAGAAACGCUACGCGGCUCAUAUUCACAAUAAUAAAUUAUUCACGCAACUCUCUCGGUCGAAGAGCAGCCGCUCUGAGCUCUACACCAACCAUUUCAUCCAGUUGCCUGGCGAUAGUGCUUCUUUUGAGCAGUUUUAGUUCAGUCGUCGUUUCAUCCAGCACACCCAAUGCCCCAUUUCAAGCCGUGCCACCGCUAGGGUCUUCAUCAGCACAGUCAUCGUCUGCAUUAGCGAGUGACCGUUUGCCCAUGACUGAUUCUCUUAAUCCGUGGCUAGCGGCUGACGGCGGGCUCAUCCUGCGAGCGGCUGCCGGAGACACACCCAAUUCUUCGCCCCUCAACUGGAUUCGACCCAAUCCUGGGUCUUGCGUUCCUCAGCCGACCAUUCCGGCAUGUCCGUCCGACCGUUUUUGCCGCCUACCUGAAACAAAUUCGUUUCCUGUUUCGUUCGCCCAUCCGAUGCCUCCCAACAAUAACAACAGCAGUAAAAAUGGUGUCGUUGGCUACCGGCCCUCGGAUUCCGCAUCAGGCCGUGACGGAAGACAGGAGAAAAACAGCGGAACGAGGGGCGAAGUGAGACGGAACGAGAAUAGAGUACCAGCAGACGAUGAUGGCUUGAGGAAUGCGGAUGCAGCCGUAGCCAAAGCGAGCCAGUGCCUUCCUUACUUACAGCCCGGUAGGAGAGAGCAAAGCGAUGCUGACGAUGACGGGCCGUCGUCAGCCGAGUGCAUCUGCGGCCACGCGGAUGGCGCCAAACGAGUUGACACGUUACGCAAGUACCACCUGCACCACUGCUACCACUACAGCUUGUGGCACGUUCUCAGUGACACGAUGCGCGAGGGCAUCGCCAUCAGCCGAUCGCAGUGCUAUGCCUACCUCGAAGCUGUCGAACGCCUGGACAACCUAGCCGCCCACUUUGUGUGCCAAUUUGAGGAUAUCAUCCGACGCUACGACUGUGGCCAAACUUUUUCCAGCAAGUCUUCGUGCCACCAAUGCAAGGUUGCGUAUCGCCAAUGGGUCUGUUCCAUGGUUUUGCCGAUGUGGCUGGAUGGAAAUCGUGUCAAGCCAUGUCGGACGUUUUGUCACGAAGUGGAGCGCCUAUGUCCGUACUUCUUACCGGCCGAGAAAUCAGGACCCGGUAGCCAGUAUGCUGGAGAGCCUUCGUUUCUUUGCAUAGAUCCUGAUGUACGAGAAACUACCAAUCAGUCGACUAAUUCUGCCUACAGUGAACGACCCUGUUACCGGCCGUGUACGCUAGAGUACAACCUCGAGCCGGACAUCGAUCCGUCGCUGUGUGUGGCGAGCUUGGGUGAUAUAUCUGGCUUGAUGGAAGAAGAUGGAACAGUGGAGGCUGACAAAGAGUGUCAACAAACGUACACGAACGUGACGGCUUCGAUUAGCGAAUUUGACGUAGACAUGCUAGACGUCGACUCAGAAGUCAAUAAUGACCAAUGUACUCCCUUGUUAGGCAAGGAUCCACUAUCAACUAGCAGAUUGUCUAGUAGAGGGUGGACAAAUAAUUUGCAUUUUGUUUGGCCGUGGCGAACAAUAGUGCUUCCUUUCGCCAUGCUUCCGAUUAUCCACUUUUUCACGUAAAUCCGCAACGGACUUUGGCGCGUAUUCAUUAUCUGUUCGAGUGUGUUAACAUGAAAGCGAAAGGUAAUGUCACUUAUAAUAUUUUUUUUUCCCGCAUCAUUUUAUUGUUGACGAUCGCGUGCGUUGAGAGCAACGUCGUUCAAAUUCUAUCGGGCACAUGAAACACAGUUGAAAUCGUUAUAUUCAGAUUAGCGUUUCACGAAAUCCACGUAAUAUCAGUCAUCGCGCAGAGAUUUUAUAAAAAUUGCUUUUCAUUUCUCUUUAUCGCUGAUUCACUUUCUUUUUCAAAGUUACCUUAAACUUUAUAUUUCUUCACUCACGAAGAGUUUCCUGAAAACAAAAACAAAAAUUCUAGUCGUUUUUAUUUCCUUCAAAUCGAUUUCAUUUCCAGUUUAAUUUCACCAUUUUCGAAGCUCCACAGAACCCGGCAGAUUCCCCAAUUUCAAAAUAGUGCUUGUUUUUAGAAAUUUGUUUUCCCCUUCUUUUGCCGUUGUUGUUCAAAUCACGAUCUUUCUAUUUCGUACUACUACGAUUAACUGAGAUUUUAAAAAAAUAUUCUAACACAUCAGGUAUGAAAUUUGUUGGCGAAUAACGAGGUACAACUUGUCGACCUUUGUAUGAUUUCUAUGGUUAUGGACGCGGUUGGUAUAGAUUGCCAUUUUCUCUACAUGUGUGACAGUAUAGCGCAAAAAAGCUGAUCCGUUUGAUUGUUAAAAAUGGCGAUGAUUUGGCACGUCGCAAAUUCGACGACCACAACGAAAUCAAUGGUGGUGGUGUACGGGAGAAUGAUGAAAACCUAGGAAAUUUUUGAAACUUAACCAGCUCCUAUUCCAAUGGCCUGUCGUUUUCUUUCCCAUGAAUUCCUCCAUUCUUAGUGAACUGUACAAUAAAUAGCAGCCUUUUUUUUCUCGCACCGAUAUAUUAUAGUGGUCGUUGAGGGAGUCCAUUUGUUCACCCAUUUACUUGAACUCCCAGGAAAAAAUUGACAUGUUACGAAUCUGCCUUUGUUGUAAGCCGUGUAUCCAUUUAUACGAUCGGACAGCAAGUUCUCCGAGUUGCGACUGUGAAUGAGUGAACUCACUGUUUUGAUUUUUUUUUAUACAGCUUACCUUUUCAACCAUUUUUUCCACGCAUAGUUUUGAAACCGAAAAAUUGUGUAGAUAUUUGAGUUUGAUCUGCAAAUUUUACACGGAUGAGAAUGAUCGUUUUGAGUAGUAAAAGUAUGUACUAAUGAUUGACCAGAGUCACACUGUUCUUCAAGAGGAAAUUCAAGAAAAGCAUUUGUAUACGGUGGUUGAAUAAUUCAGAGGAGAAAUAGAUGCAUCAUAAUAACAUAAGACCUUAGAUGUGGAAUCGUUGCCAAUUUGUUAUGAGAGAACGUAGCUAUUGUUUUAUCUAUUAUUUAUUAUUGCCAGAUUGCUAUGAUGUUUGGUGCUUAAUGGUAGGGCACUUCAAUGUUGUUAACAGUGCAAUCUGGUAAAAUACAAGCCAUAUGAUGCUAA